GGAGUCCUUCCAUUUCCAUUCUAUUGGGAGUUCUAUUCCAAUUUUGCUUCUUCGAGAGUUCAAUUACACUUCUUCGGAUUUUUUGUCGAAGCCACUUGACUUUGAAAAAGAAGUCGUUUACGUUAUCUUUGACUGUGAAGAGAAGAACUAA